UUGAGACGAGAUACAUUCAACCCGGUCAGCGUUUCUCUCCGUCCAACUACAACCUGCAGCAGACCGAAGAGGAGAAACUCGGACCUGAGCGCACUCCGCCGCGGGAAUUAUCAUUAUUUUCUUGAAUUUAUCGGUGAAGCCAGACCUCAACAUGCCUCGGUCAUUCCUUGUCAAGAAGUAUUUUUCCAGCAAGAAGCCCGUCUACAGGGAGAGCCAACUGGAGAGCCAAACUGCUUUUGUCCCAGAAAGCUUUGCACAAGCCGAGCUCCCGACGCAGAACAACAGCUUCGCCCUGACCUGCUACCCGACCAACCCAUUCUUCAGCAGUAUGGACUCCCUGCCUGCACCUCUCUCCCCAAUCACGCCCGUGUCUCCGUCCCCCUUGCCGCUCGGCCCUCUGGACCUCAGCAGCUCUCCGUCCAGCAGCAGCAGCAGCAGCAGCAGCAGCAGCAGCAGCGAGGAAGAGGAGGACGGCGGGCGCACCUCAGAUCCCCCCAGCCCGGACAUCAUCCAGCACAUGUACCACUGCCUGCACUGCACCAACAGUUACACCAGCCUCUCGGCACUGUCCCAUCACCAGACGUCCCACUGCGCUCCGCAGCAGCAGACUCCGUCCCUGCCCGCAGAGGUCUCCGCACGUCCGGCCUUCCACUGCAAACACUGCCCCAAGGAGUACACCAGCCUGGGCGCCCUGAAGAUGCACAUCCGCUCACACACUCUGCCCUGCGUGUGCCCGACCUGCGGCAAGGCCUUCUCCAGACCGUGGCUGCUCAGAGGACACAUUCGCACACACACAGGUGAGCGGCCCUUCGCUUGUCAACACUGUAACCGGGCCUUCGCCGACCGCUCCAACCUGCGCGCCCACCUGCAGACCCACUCCGAGGUGAAGAAGUACCAGUGUGGCUCCUGCUCGCGGACCUUCAGCCGCAUGUCCCUGCUGCACAAACACAGCGCCUCCGGAUGCUGCCCCGCCUCGUAGACAUUCACAUUCAGACAUUCACAUUCCCUGAAACUGUUCUUCUCGUGAGCCAGUUUUCCCUCCUAAUAAGAGACAUUAUACCCAGAGGACAGUGAACCAUGAUGAGACAGAAAACUGGAGUUCUGUUGCUUUUAUGAAAUGACUCCUUAAGUGCCUUUUUCCAGGACUCUGUAGGUCGAUUUUGUUUGCGGUCAUGUCGGCUCAUCUGUGCCGCGUCCUGUCAGACUCUGUGUUUGUGUGAUUUGAGGGCAGCUGGACAUCCAGUUAAUUCCCAGGAAGCUCCAUCGGUGCCGGCUGGUCCGGGACUCGGGCCAUGUUGCAGCUGCUUGGGCGUGUUUGUAUGUGUGUGUUUGUGUGUGUGUGUGGAUGUCAUUCCUCACUCAUACUAUACAUACAUGGCAUGUGUGUGUGUGUGUGUUGGGACAGCUGUCUGUGAAUGGUGCCCUGCAGAGGCAGGGCGCUGAGAGACGUGUUAGCUGUGACCUCGUCAACAGGUGACCCGCCCGCUCGCACACACAAAAGGACCACUUAAACUUGACCAAAAAAAACGUCACCAAUAUUGUCGUUUUACAGUCUAAACUAGAUUUAUUUAGACGUGUUCUGGGAAUGCUGUGACCUGCAGUUUUAAUGAUCCGUUUUGUUGAAUUCAAAUGGGAAGACUGCCUUUCUUUUCUGCAACAUGUAAA